UUUGUUCCCGUAACCGAGGAAAACUCGAGUGCUUCGGACAAAGAUCGUCAAAUUCGGGAGUUUUUCUUUCACGGACUUCACCGGUGUUAAGGGCAAACAAAAAAAAUCUUCAGAUAGAUUCCGGCCGGACAAAUCUUCUUCGAUCCGGAUCCAAAAACCCAUCUCAUAUAGAUCUGCAUAACAGGCGGUUACUCACUGAUCCAGAUACAAAACGGCCCUUUUGCUUCUUCUUGCUUCCUCUAAUGGCGGAUCAUCAACACGGCAAGUUCUCCUUCUUCUUGUUCUCUUUCGUCGUCUCCUUAAGUGUACUUCUAUCUUUGUCUUCAACCGGGUCUCUGGUUCUUGCAACAACCUCUGGUUCUGUCUCGAUUACACAAGAGACCGAUGAUGUUUGUCCUGAUGGAGGUUUAAUCAGUAGUAAAUCCGACGGGCAAACUGAUCUGUUGCAUAAACUCGAGGAUCUGGUUAGGAAUCUUACCGAAGUAGUUGCUAGAUUAGAUGCUAGGCUGUCUGAAACUCAGGUUUCGCAGCGUGUUGGCGAGGAUUGCGAUUUUGGGAGAUCGAGGAAGCCAUUGAAGGAGAGGAGUGAGAUUGGUCAGAGAAAAAAUGGUGAUGAAAUCGAACAUGACAGAGAUGAUGCUAAUGAUGAAGAAGAAGAAGAUUACAGUAGUGGAAUUAAGGAGAAAGCUAAGGCGUUCACUGUUACCAAGUAUAGUUCACUUUGGUCGGAGAGGUUUCAGUUCACUUCGGCUGUGAAGUUAGAUUCAGAUGCGACUUGUCUUAACGUUUUGCCGUUUCGUGAUCACGAGGGUUUAAGCAAAUACUUUGCAGUUGGGGAUUCAAGAGGUAGGGUUUAUGUGUUCUUGAGAAAUGGGGAUGUUCUCGUUGAGUUCUUCACCGCCUCUGAUUCGCCCAUCACGGCUAUGAUUUCAUAUCUUUCGGCGUAUAAGAACGACAGUUUCUUGGUGACGGGCCAUCAGAACGGGGAUAUCUUGCUGCAUAGAGUCCAGGAAAGAUCGAACGGGGAGGAUUGGAACUCGGUUUCGAUGGAACAUGUCGGCAAGUGUUCUGGCACAGGAGAUGCAGAAGAUGUCGGCGUGCCAGUCACUCUCUUGGAAGUGCAUCACGUUGGUCGAGUUAGGUAUAUAUUGGCAACGGAUCUCAGCGGGAAACUCACGGUUUACACGGAAAACGGGACGGUUUAUGGGUCAGCCAUGCCGACGAGUAGGCCACUCGUGUUCUUGAAGCAAAGGCUGUUGUUUCUCACCGAGACUGGUGCUGGCUCACUAGACUUGAGGAGUAUGAAGAUCAGGGAAUCUGAGUGCGACGGUCUGAACCAUUCUCUCGCAAGAACGUAUGUUUUCGACGCCACAGAACGGUCCAAAGCGUACGGGUUCACAUCCGAGGGCGAAAUCAUUCACGUUUUACUUCUGGGCGACGUAAUGAACUUCAAGUGUCGGGUUAGAUCCAAGAGAAAGUUCCAGAUGGAGGAGCCCGUCGUUAUCCAAGCCAUCAAAGGCUAUUUGCUCGUCGUCGAUGAAGAAAAGGUCUUCAUUUACAACGUAUCUACCCAACACUAUGUCCGAACGAGCAGUCCCCGGCUUACUUUAACAGCGGGUUUAGACGAGAUAAGAUCCACGUUCUUGAACCGUCACGACCCGGGAGGCAGAAAGGUAACGCCUUUGAUGGCCAGUGACCGAGACAAGAUCGUGGUAAUGAGCUUAGGAGAUGGAUACAUUGCGACGUACAGAUCGAAACUUCCGGUUUUCAAAGGAGAGUUCAAUGCGACGAUGCUAUGGAGCAGUCCGGUGUUUUUCUUCCUACUUUUCCUCUUCGGGGCAUGGCAUUUCUUCGCCAAGAAGAAAGAUGCGCUCACUUCUUGGGGACCCGACGAUCCUUUCGCCUCUGAACGCUCCGACGAUCUCAUGGAACUACGGAGAAACAGAACCACAGCCAUGGUGGGUUCUUACAGUUCGGGCGGGUCCAAUGACUCGAGCUCGAGGGCUCAGGUGGAUCAGAACUACAGAGCCACCGGUCCCGAGAUUAAGUAUCGUGGCUCGAGCCUUCAAUCGACCGGAUUUGGUCAGAGAAGAGAGAGCUUGUUUGUUAAUAACAACAAGGUUGUGGAGGACGAGAGUUAGUAGAUCCUUUGGUUACAUUUUCUCCUUUCUCCUUUUAUGACCGGACGGUUAAGACACACACCGGUUAGUUCCUUGAGUUGUAUUGUAAUAUGGACACCCGGGUUAAGAAAUUAAAUUUACGGGUUAGCCCUUCUGUUCGGUUUA